UCUCUACUCUUCAUUAUCUAUCCGCUCUAUUCUGUUUUGAUUAUAUCUUUCUUCUUUACUUUCCCAACUUUUGCUCCCAUUUUCUCAAAUUAAAAGAAUGUCUUGCUGUGGUGGAAACUGUGGUUGUGGAUCUUCUUGCCAGUGUGGCAACGGCUGCGGAGGGUGCAAGAUGUUCCCAGACUUUGGCGAGAACGCUUCCAAGCCUACUAUUCAAAUCUACGGUGUUGCUCCCAAGAUCUCGUACGAGGAAGGAUCGGAGAUGGGCGUUCCUGCCGAAAACGAUGGAUGCAAGUGCGGUUCCAACUGCCAAUGCGAUCCUUGCACCUGCAAAUGAGACCCAUAUUAAGAUAUCGAGCCAUUCAUGGCAGUAGUUUAAUAUAACUUAUGUGAUUUGUGUUAAGAAGUGUUAUAAGUUUCGUGGACUACUAUUGUGUGAACCAACUUAUUAUGUAGAAUAAUCAUAUCACUAGAAUAUGAUAUGAUAUGUCAUGUUGUUUCUUAUUUCUUUUGGUCUAAUGUUGUUGUGUCUUAAAACACUUUUGUGAUCGUGGUGGUGUUGCUUCUAUGGCGAGCCACUUUCUAACGAGAAUCUUAAUUAUGUAA